AUGUUAUUCACUAAGUUGUUGUUCAUACUUGCUUUCUACUUCAACUUCAUACACGCCGAAAACUACUUGAUCUCGUUGAAGAACAAUGAGAGUUUAGAGGCAUUCUUCAAAUAUGAUAUUCUCAGACCAGCUACUGAACAAGUGAGGGCGCUUCUUACCAAUUCAUUCUCAAUCGGCAAUUUCACUGGGUUUGUUGGGGACUUCUCCAAAACCAACCUUGAGAGACUCAAAAGAUGUCCCUUAGUGAACGAGAUCACACCAGAUGUGAUAUUUAAGGCUUAUGGAACUACUACUCAAGAGCAAGCCCCAAGACACCUCGCUCGUCUCUCCAGCAAAAAGAAGCUCAAGUCAGGAAAAAGCUACCAAUAUGUUUACAAUGACGACUAUACUGGAUCUGGGGUGUAUGCCUAUGUGUUAGAUUCUGGUGUUGCUAUUGGUCACCCUGAGUUCCAAGGUAGGGCUCGGUUUGGCAAAGACUUCACCAGCCAAGGCUCUGGUGAUUCUAAUGGGCAUGGAACACACGUUGCUGGUAUUAUAGGUUCUUCUACUUAUGGGGUAUCCAAGAAUGUAGAGAUUAUAGAAGUCAAAGUAUUGGAUAGUCUGGGCUCGGGUUCUCUCAGUACAAUUAUCUCAGCGCUAGAGUUCUCUGUGAACCAUAGAAAAAGAAGUGGAAAGAUGGGAGUAGCCAAUCUUUCAUUGGGGUCGUUUAGAAAUGGAGUCUUGAACAGUGCAAUCAAUGCUGCUGCAGAUACCGGUCUAGUUGUGAUAGUUGCAGCUGGAAAUUCCAAUAUCAAUGCCUGCUUAUCUAGUCCAGCUAGUGCUGAAGGUGCAAUUACUGUUGGAGCUAUAGACGACUACAACGAUUCUUUGGCAUCUUUCUCUAAUUGGGGGGAGUGCGUUGAUAUUUUUGCCAGUGGAGCCUAUGUUAAGAGUGUGAAUGCUGCAGACUAUAAUAAUCCAGAGACUCUCUCAGGCACUUCCAUGGCAUCUCCUGCCGUCUGUGGACUCGCUGCAAAUCUACUUAGUGAAGGGGUCCCUCCCCACAAGAUCAAGAGCAAGCUUCUUAGCCUAUCACUCAAGGACCAGAUCAAAAGAUCUUCCUUGUUCCUCAGAAGAGGCACUCCAAACAGAAUAGCUUAUAAUGGAAUUGAUGACGAAUACAGGGAUGACACGGACUCCGACUCCGACGAUGAUUAG